AUGCAGAGUUCCAUGCUCUCCUCCACCCGCCUCUCUCCUCCUCGUUUCAGCACAUCCUUUUCUAAGAGAGGACAAAACAUAACGCGUCGUCAGAACAAACACAAUCUGAGAGUGUACGCGAAAGAUUUCCCGAAACCGGAGCAAAUCGACAAGACAGAAAACUAUCGCAUCGCGGGAGAUUUGAGUAAACGAUUCGCGACGGAUUUGAAAGCGUCGCCGGAACAAAAGAAAAAAGUUGUCAUCGUCGGCGGCGGAUUGUCCGGCUUGGCGUGCGGCAAGUACCUCGCCGAAGCCGGUCACGAACCGAUCGUUUUGGAAGCGAGAGACGUGUUGGGUGGUAAAGUUUCCGCGUGGAAAGACAAAGAUGGGGAUUGGAUUGAAACCGGGUUGCACAUUUUCUUUGGCGCGUAUCCGAACAUGAUGAACUUGUUCAGCGAGUUGGACAUCGAAGAUCGAUUGCAAUGGAAGGUGCACAAGAUGAUUUUCGCCAUGCAGGAGUUGCCGGGGGAGUUUACGACGUUUGAUUUCAUCAAAGGUAUCCCGGCGCCGUUGAACUUUGGGUUGGCAAUUUUGUUGAACCAGAAGAUGUUGACGUUGCCGGAAAAAUUACAAACCGCGCCGCCGUUGUUGCCGAUGUUGAUUGAAGGUCAAGAUUUUAUCGAUAAGCAAGACGAGUUAUCGGUGACGGACUUUAUGAGAAAGUAUGGCAUGCCGGAAAGAAUCAACGAAGAGGUGUUCAUUUCAAUGGCUAAAGCUUUGGACUUCAUCGACCCGGACAAGUUGUCCAUGACGGUCGUGUUGACCGCGAUGAACCGUUUCUUAAACGAGACGGACGGUUUGCAGAUGGCAUUUUUGGACGGUAAUCAACCGGAUCGUUUGUGCGAGCCGAUGAAACAAAGUAUAGAGAAAAACGGUGGUAAAGUGUUGAUGAAGCAACGCGUGAAAGAGUGGGUUUUGAACGAGGACGAUUCGGUGAAACACAUCUUGAUGGCGAACGGUGAAGUCAUCGAAGCGGACGAGUUCAUCUCGGCCGUACCGGUGGACGUCAUGAAGAGAAUGUGCCCGGAACCGUGGACGAAGAUGCCAUUUUUCCAACAAAUGAAACAACUCGAAGGUAUCCCAGUUAUUAACAUUCACUUGUGGUUUGAUCGCAAGUUGCAAAACGUCGACCACUUGUGCUUUUCUCGAUCGCCGUUAUUGUCAGUCUACGCGGACAUGUCUACCACGUGCAAAGAAUAUUACGACGAAGAAAAAUCUAUGAUCGAAUUAGUCUUUGCGCCGUGCUCGCCGAUUGCCGGCGGUAAAACGAACUGGAUCGCAAAAUCGAACCAAGAAAUCGUCGACGCCACCAUGAAAGAACUCGAGCGUUUGUUUCCGUUGGAAAUUGGGAAGAAAGCGCCGGAUGGCGUCGGCGCGAAGUUGUUGAAACACGCCGUCGUGAAAACGCCGCGAUCGGUGUACGCCGCCGUUCCGGGUAGAAAUAAGUACCGACCGUCGCAAGAAACUCCGAUCAAGAACUUCACGUUAGCCGGUGAUUGGACGAGUCAGAAGUUCCUCGGAUCUAUGGAAGGUGCCGUGUUGGGUGGAAAGUUAGCCGCGGAAGUAGUUUCGGCCAAGGCGAAGGGCAUGAAGACGGCUGGGUUGAAGAAGAUCAACGACGACAUCAUGGCGGAAGCGAGUACUUUCUCCGGGCAAGGGUGGAAGAGACCGCAAAAGAUGGAAGACGAGUCUCCGGUGGUUUUUGGCGCCGGUUACGUGUUAGAAGAAAACGACGAGCAACAGUUGAUGACGAUUGACCCGGAACAGUUGACAGAGAUGGACGGUCGAUCGCAAGCGACCAAGGACGCCGUUCAAGAAGCCGUCUUGAACCGAACGCGAUAA